CGCGUCUUUGCAUUGACGUAAAAUGUAAAUCACUCGCGCUUAACGCUUCAUUCGCGUCUGGUGUGAAAGCACCAUCCUCUUCUCGCCGCUUCACUCUCCAGUCCAGCGGGUGGCGCUAAAACACAUUCGUUUGUUUGAUAAACACCAUUAGACCUCAGAAGAAGAAGCAAGAAAUUCUGGAGGAGUAUCAGCUGAACUGAGAUCUGCUGUGAAUAUGGAGUUUGUUAAAGAGGAGAGUGAGGAAAACACGAGUGAAAUAAAAGAAGAGGAACCAGAAACCAGGAAAAUAAAACAAGAGGAACCAGAAACCUGGAAAACAAAACAAGAGGAAACCGAAAACUGGAGAAUAAAAGAAGAGGAAUCAGAAAUAUUGAGUAUAAAACAUGGGGAACCAGAAAUAUUUAGAUUAAAACACGAGGAACUAGAAAUAUUGAGAAUAAAACACAAGGAACCAGAAAUAUUGAGAAUAAAACAAGAGGAACCAGAAACCUGCAGAAUAAAAGAGGAAGAACCAAAAAUAUUGAGAAUAAAAGAAGAGGAACCAGAAAUAUUGAGAAUAAAAGAAGAGGAAUCAGAAACCUGCAGAAUAAAACACGAGGAACAAGGAGAGUUCAUUGAAGAGAAAGAGGAAAAUGAAGAAACAAGUGAAGUUGAGGAGAAAAAUCAUAUUAAAACUGGAGGAAAAUCUUUGAGUUGCUCUCAAACCAAACAGAAAGAUGUAAAGAAAAAUAGAGUCAAGAAAUCUUUCACCUGCACUCAGUGUGGAAAGAGAUUCACACACAAAGCGAGUUUUGAGCGUCACAUGAGAAUUCAUACUGGAGAGAAACCUUUCACUUGUGAUCAGUGCGGGAAGAGUUUCAAACAAUCAGCAAACCUUAAGAGACACAUGAAGAUCCACAUUGGAGAGAAACCGUACACAUGUGAUCAAUGCGGUGAAAUGUUUUUAUGGGCUUCACUUCUUAAGAAACACUAUAAAUUUCAUUUAAAGGAGAAACCACAUUCAUGUAAUUUGUGUGGUAAGAGUUUAUUGAAUCUACAAAGUUUGAAAGAACAUCAAAAAAUACAUACUAGUGUGAGAGCGCACAUGUGCUUUGAGUGUGAAAAGACUUUUAGUUCAGUGAGCAAUUUAAAACAGCAUGCGAGGAUCCACACUGGAGAGAAACCUUAUAAGUGUUCACACUGUGACCAGAGAUUUAGUCAAUCAGCAAAUCUGAAAACACAUGUGAGGAUCCACUCUGGAGAGAAACCUUAUAAGUGUGCACACUGUGACCAGAGAUUUAAUCAAUCAACACAUCUGAAAACACAUGAGAGGACCCACACUGGAGAGAAACCUUAUAAGUGUUCACAAUGUGACAAGAGAUUCAAUCGUUUACCAUAUCUGAAAACACAUGAGAGGAUUCACACUGGAGAGAAACCUUAUAAAUGUUCACACUGUGACAAGAGGUUCAGUGAUUCAUCAAGUCUGAUAACACAUGAGAGGAUUCACACUGGAGAGAAACCUUAUAAAUGUUCUUAUUGUGACAAGAGAUUCAGUGAUUCUUCAUGUUUGAAAUCACAUGAAAGGAUCCAUAAUGGAGUGAAACCUUAUAAGUGUUCACACUGUGACAAGAGAUUCAGUCAUUCAGCAAAUAUGAAAACACAUGUGAGGAUCCACACUGGAGAGAAACCUUUUAAGUGUUCACAGUGUGACAAGAGAUUUAAUCAGAUGCCAAGUCUGAAAACACAUGAGAACAUCCACAAUGGAGAGAAACCUUAUAAAUGUUCACACUGUGACAAGAGAUUCCUUGUUUCAUCACAUCUGAAAACACAUGAGAGGAUUCACACAGGAGAGAAAGCUUAUAAGUGUACACAGUGUGAUAAGAGAUAUAGUGAUUCAUCAAGUCUGAAAAGACAUGAGAGGAUCCACAAUGGAGAGAAACAUUAUAAGUGUUCACACUGUGACAAGAGUUACAUAGAUUCAUCAAGUCUGAAAAGACAUGAGAGGAUCCACACUGGAGAGAAACCGUAUUAAAGCACUGUACGUGGGAAGUGUUUCAUUCAGUCAUCUGUUAUACACAGUUAUACAAAAAACAAUCACAGUAAGGCCCCGU